AUAAAGGAGAUAUUUUUGUCAAUCCAUAACUUUUUAUUAAAGAGAAUAGUAUCUAAACAAAGUGAUGAAGGAUUGUGAAGAUUGCUUUAAGUAAUUGGAUCAACAUGGCAAAUCAAUUAAGAGAGAGACUAAAGAUAUGUUCAUUAAAUUCACUUAAGGAAAGUUGUAAGAGCAGAAGAAACUCUUGGAAACUGACUCAGUUGGAGUGUUUUCAAUGGUUUUAGAUAUCUUAUGAGAACCUUAUCCAUGAUAAGCCUUUGAUGACUUAUAUUCUGACAACAAUUGAGGCAAUCAUAUCAGACAAUUAGAGAUUAUUUAAAUAAUUUAUGAGAGCAUUGACUCCUUAAGUAUUGCCUAAGUUAAAGCAAUUUUUAUUCUUAGAAGGAUAUGAUCCAAUGGCAUAUGAGGCUGCUGCCAAGAUUGCUACUAUGAUAAUAGCUGAGGAGGGAGGGAAUGAUGCAAAGGAAUGGGUGAUACUCUUUUUAGGAGGAAUAGGCAAUAAAUUAAAAAUUGCAGAUUUUAUGAUCAUGCCAGUUUGUGUUCAUUUCUUAAAACAUGAAACUCUUGCAGUUUAAUUUAUUAAGAGUGGUGGAAUAAGAAUAAUUACAAAUUUACUUUCAAAAUAUUCUACAGAUUUACAAAUUGCAUAUUAUACAAUUUUAGCAUUAUGGUUGCUCAGCUUUACAACUGAAUCUAUUUCACUUUUUAAUGAUCCCACUAUUGGCUUGAUUAAAUUGAUAAUAGAAUCAGUACAAAAGAUAUCAAGAGAGAAGAUCUUAAGAGUUUCUUUUGCAUGUUUUAGGAAUUUAGUUGAUGCAUCACCUUAAUGUAUUGAAUUGAUGGUCGACAGAUUAUGGAUUUUGACAGUCAUCAAGUAGUUGAUGUUACUGUUGAAGUGGAAAUUCCUUAAAAGAUUAAGAUUUGUUAGAUGA